AUAAACAAUCACACAGUAGGCUACGACAGAUACCAUGACAACAAAUACCUUUCCACAACUUCACAACUUCGGAGUUUAAAUUCAGCAAAGAAAAUUUGGUUGAUUAUUAAAUUUCACUAAUCGUCUUUAUCUACUUAUAUACAGAAAACACAUGAAUUCGUUUACGUUUUCCGAGCGCCGUUUAGAAGAUGAUUAUUAUUGCGUAUUGGGUUGCAAAGAUUCUUCAAGUGCAGAACAAAUCUUGAUUGAGUAUAAGCAUAGAAUAUUACUUUGUCAUCCAGAUAAAAGUCAAGAUGAUACAUUGACUGCCCAGUUUCAAAAACUUCAGGAAGCCAAAGAAGUACUGUGUGACCCAGAUAAACGAAAAGAUUAUGACAGAUGGAAAGCAAGUGGUAUUGCAGUUACAUACAAGCAGUGGGUAACAAUGCAAAAAGGAUUUGGUACUCCAGUUUUCCAUUGGGCCACACCCAAGACUGAUGGGAAAAUGCUUGAAUUCAACAGUGGUUGGGUGCCAACAAAUCCCAGAUCAAAUGAAAUAUUUCAACCAAGUGGUACAGCAUACUCCAACAAUUCCAUUCUGAAAAAAUUCAGAAACUAUGAAAUAUGAAUUAACACAUGCCUAAAAUUGAUGUUAGCAUUUCUUAUUUAUUUAUUGUUAGUAUAAAUGUACGUGUUGUCCACGAACACGCAUUGGCCAAUUGGAAAGCUUUUGUUUCUCAUACAAUAUCAAAUACUUGGAAUUCAAUCUAUG